AUGAUCCAUAACCAACCAAAUUUGCAGAAUCAACAAUCGAAUAUCAAUGACAAUGUAUCUACACCUGUAGAUUCAUCAUCGCCAAUUUAUAUUUCUUCUGAUGAAAUAACAACAAGAUAUACUCCACCUCCAGUUAUAAUUAGAUUGAAAGUGUUACUAAUUUUUAAAAGAUCAAUUCGAAGAUCAAGAUAUGAAGAGGAUUUCUUUGAACUUGAGAGAAUAGGAAAGGGUGGAUAUGGAUCUGUAUAUAAGGUACAAAAUCGUUUGGAUGGACUGUUCUACGCGCUCAAAAAGAUACCAUUUAAGAAUACCUCACAGACCUACCUCGAAAAGGUUCUACGUGAGGUAAAAACACUGGCAUCUUUGAAUCAUGUAAAUAUUGUUAGAUAUCAUUCCGCUUGGUUGGAGACCGACGAUCUUAGUAUUCCAAUCAAUCAUUCUGGAUCAAAAUUUGAAUUUUCACCAUCCAUACAACAACAACAACAACAACAGCAACAACAGCAUGUAAAACAAAACGGUAUUUUAAAUUUUAUCGAUGGCAAUUGGGGAACAUCCGAAACGUUUGAUGACGACGACGAUGACGAGUAUGAAGACCAAACCAUUGAAAUCGACACAGCGAAACCAUUCAAAGCUCAGCAGAAUACGGUAGCAUUGGAACAGCAACAACAAGCUAUUUUCGAUGAGGAAUCAGACCAUGACAACAGUUUGAAUCGUUUGCAAUUCCCUCCAGAGAUGGAGGAGUUACAGCUCUUCCAGAAGCAGACCAAAGCAGAGCCAAUGUUUUAUGAUGACGACGAUGAGAGUUCGGCUGGCACAGCAACCGGUGGUCACCACAGUCUCUUCCGUCAACCAAAGAAGCACUUUACAAGCUUUAGUUUGGAUGAGGAAGACGAUGACAACCUUUCGUCGUUCAACAGUUCAUCUUCAUCAUCAUCAUCAAACUCAUCGAAUUUUGACGAUUCCGAUGCCUAUCUCUAUCAACACCAUCAAGCUACACUCAUACCAAAUCCACCACAGAAAUCAACCACUCCGCCUAUUUCAAUGCCAUCAAGAAACAACAACAACAACCACGCGAACAACAACAACAAACAAUCACCACCAAAAUCACUAUCGUCCCUCUCAUCCUCAUCUUUUCGUAUUACUACACUCUUUAUUGUAAUGCAGUUGUACAGUCAGACAUUGGCACAGUGGCUAGAGAAUCGUGCACCCGACCAAAUCAACUCUGAGGAGAAUCUACGUAUCUUCAAACAGAUUUGUGUUGGUCUGCGUUAUAUCCACUCAAAGGGUAUUAUUCAUCGCGAUCUCAAGCCUGGCAAUAUCUUCCUUGGACGAAUCGAUACUCCUUCACCGGGAGGGUGCUCAGAUCAUCCACUAGAUGACGACAUCUCUGGUGAUCUGCUGGUUUCUCUUGGUGAUUACGGAUUGGCAACACACCACAAUCCUUCUUCAACAUCGCCCACUCCAUCGCCAACACCAACCUCCACACCUUCACUGCUACCAGUGAAUACACAUUCACUGUUGAACUCUAUUGUAAGCGCACCACUUGACCAGUCAUCCAACUCUACUACCACUACACCUACUCAACAACAGCCACAGCUACCACCACUCAGCUCAACACCAUCGUCUUCGCUCACCUCGUCUCUGAGUCGCUCCUCAGAGCACUGUAAACAUACUAGCGCCGUUGGAACGCUGACCUAUAGCAGUCCCGAGCAAAAGAAGGGCUUGUACAAUGAAAAGACCGACAUCUACAGUCUGGGAAUCAUCCUGUUUGAACUCUACUACCCAUUCUCAACAAAGAUGGAAAAGGCAAGAGUACUCUCCGAGCUCAGAGCUGGCAUCCUGCCAAAGCAAUUUGCCAAGACCUACCCAAAGGAGUCUGCACUCAUUCUAUCGAUGAUGCGAACCAACCCCGAUGAGAGACCUGCAGCCAGCGACGUCUUGAAGAGUGAAAUCUUUGGUCAAGUACUCUCGGUCUCUGAGAUGGAAGUGCUCAUCAAGCAACAACAGAAUAUCAUUGAAAAGCUCAAGCAAGAGAUCUAUCAGUUAAAGUCGCCAUCGAUCAAUGCUCACACAAAUUCGCCACCUGUAUUUCAUCAUGCACCCAAUAACGACCAUAUCUUAAUGGCUGAGUAG